AUGAGCUUCAACCUAGAAGAUCUCGAAGGCCCCAUUACGCACAUCCUCACUGCCCCAGGUGUUGAUUUGAGCACCAUCAGCGCGAAGGGAGUUCGGCAGAAGUUACUGGAGGACGCCGCGUUGGGCCUGACCGCUCGAGGACUGAAGGAACGGAGGACGGAGGUGGACGCUAUGAUUUCGGGUAUCUAUGAGGUCGUUAGUCGGCAGGCACAAACAGACGAAUCGAAGAGGAAACGCGAGGAAGGGACAGAUGAAGGCACGGAACAGGAAGAACAAGGAGAGGAUACGGAGGACCAAGAUGACGCUGUAGAGGGGCACGACGGAGAAGCAUCGGAGGAGGAGGACGUCAAAGUGCCAACGAAGAAAAAGAAGGGUGCUGCGAAAAGUGUCGAGGAGGCUGAUGCUGAGUUGGCCAGGAAACUUGCAUCAGAACUCAACUCCCGGUCGCGGCGUGGCGCAUCAAACGGGGUAUCUGCCACGCCCAAGAAACGUAAGACGAAGAAGAGUGCAGCUGUGGUUGACUCUGGUGCUGAGGAUGAUGGUGAAGAUGAGGGGAAGCCAAAGAAGAAACGCAGUGGAGGUGCAAGAGGAGGUUUCGCGAAGGAAUAUAUUCUCAGCGAAUCUCUAUCGGUGGUUGUUGGCGUGGACAAGCUUUCACGCCCCCAAGUCGUGAAGAGACUAUGGGAGUAUAUACGUGGCCAUGAACUUCAAAACCCCUCCAACAGACGUGAGAUCAUGUGCGACGACAACAUGCGAGCUGUCUUUGGUACUGAAAAGGUCGAUAUGUUCCGGAUGAAUAAAGUUCUCGGACGGCAUUUACAUGCCCAGUGA